CGGGGUUCGGCGCGGCUCAGCCGGGGCAAGGUGUACGUCUUUGAUACUAGUUGAGACCAUGGGAGCGGCAUUGGCAAGAGCAGUUCAGUGGACUGCUGCUGGUUCUGGAACUGGCACACUCGAAAUCACCCCUUUGAACGAAUCUCUUUUAAAUCAACUUAUUAAGUUUGCAGAGGACUUCAGCACUAGACAUCCUCAGGAAGCAGCAUUUGUCUUCAGAGAGCCCCUUGAGUGGAAAACGCAAUUGGGAUGUUCAGUAUUUGGAGAGGGUUAUGAGAUAAAAGGAGCCACUCUUCAGUCUGAAGCCAAAGGUAAAGAUGGCCAACCGUUGCUUCUCCUCACGGCAUCAAGUCUCAGAGUUCGCAGUUUUGACCAGCUGUCCUGUUUGCUACAAAUCGCUAUGGAAGAAAAGUUUAAGGAAGCACAGGCAUGCCUUGAAGCUAACAGAGAUCCUAUAGUGAAAAUUCUUGGCCCUGAAUAUGGGACUGUUGAAGGAGAAGAUAUGUCCAUGUUGCAUUUACUUGACAAAGUGAAAAAAGAUGAUGACCCUGAAACAGAGAUGAAAACGAAAAUCUUUCUUCUUCUUCAUCAGCUGGAUUUGCAACUGCUUGAUAGUUCUUUGAAACACAUUUCACAAGAUGUAAGACUAAAUCCAGCUGCUAUAAAUAAUGAAGUGAAUCUUCUCAAGAAUUUCUCUGGGAAAGGAGAAGAUACAGUACUGGAAUCACUGGAAUAUACAUCAGAUUACACAUUCUCUAAUGGAUGCCGAGCUCCUCCCUGGAGACAAGUGCAUGGAGAAAUUUGUUACUUAGUCGUCAAACCACAUGACACUGAUCCUUUGUACAUCACGUGCAGCACAGCAGGAGUGUUUUUAAAUGGAGGUGAGCUAAAGAGUAAAGAUGACAUUGACUAUGAAAGAAAAAGUGAUGUAUAUAAAGAUAUUGUCACAUUUUUAAGGGAGAGAUCACCUAGAUUUGUAGAAAAUAUGGCUAAACAGGUCAGCAUAAUUAAAACAUCAUGCAGGUUUGAAGACAUUAGUGAAAGUUCCUCAGAGACUGAGGAAGAUGAAGAACAGCCUGUACGUCAUCAGGAAGGAAACACCGAUUUGCCAUCAGAAUACUGGGGAAUUCAGAAACUUGCAAAAUAUUUAAAGGGAGGUAAUCCAACAGCUACUGUAAUCGCGUUGUGUUCAAUGAGAGAUUUCAAUCUGGCUCAAGAAACUUGUCAGCUGGCCAUCAGAGACGUUGGAUGUCUUGAAGUGUUAGUUAAUUUACUUGAUACAGAAGAAAUUAAAUGUCAGAUUGGUUCAUUAAAAAUCCUGAAGGAAAUUAGUCAAAAUACACUGAUCAGACAUGCAAUUGCAGACCUUGGGGGCUUACAGAUCAUGGUGAAAAUACUGGACUCUCCAGAUAAAGAUCUAAAAUGUUUGGCAGCUGAAACAAUUGCUAAUGUUGCUCGAUUUAAACAAGCACGAAGGACAGUAAGGCAGCAUGGAGGGAUCAAGAGAUUGGUUGGGCUGUUGGACUGUAUUUCUGUGGGAUCAACCAGUCUGACACCAUCUCAAGCAAAAGACACUGAAAUAGCACGUUGUGGGGCUUUGGCACUCUGGAGCUGCAGCAAAAGCAUCAAAAAUAAAGAAGCAAUCCGUAAAGCUGGUGGCAUUCCAUUAUUAGCAAGAUGGCUCAAAUGUUCACAUGCAAACAUCUUAACCCCAGUAGUGGGGACACUACAAGAAUGUGCCUCAGAGCCAAGUUACAGACUUGCAAUAAGGACAGAAGGAAUGAUUGAGAACCUUGUGAAAAAUCUGAGUAGUGAACAUGAGGAGCUUCAGAUGCAUUGUGCAAGUGCCAUAUUUAAGUGUGCAGAAGAUAAAGAAACACGUGACCUGGUUAGACAGCAUGGAGGUCUACAACCGCUGUCUGUUCUGCUUGGUAACUCUGAAAACAAACAACUUUUAGCAGCUGUGACAGGAGCAAUCUGGAAAUGUGCAAUCAGUGGAGAAAAUGUGUCAAAAUUUCGGGAAUAUAAAGUCGUAGAAGCUUUGGUAGGACUGCUCACUGACCAGCCUGAAGAAGUUCUUGUAAAUAUUGUCGGAGCACUGGGAGAAUGUUGCCAAGAGCCAAUAAAUCGAACUAUUAUCCGUAAAUGUGGUGGAAUACCACCUCUAGUGAAGUUGCUUACUGGAACUGAUCAGGCACUACUUGUGAAUGUCACCAAAGCAGUGGGAGCUUGUGCAACAGAACCUGAAAAUAUGAUGAUAAUUGACCAUCUAGAUGGAGUUCGUUUGUUAUGGUCAUUGUUGAAAAAUCCUAAUCCAGAUGUUCAAGCAAGUGCAGCUUGGGCUAUUUGUCCUUGCAUUAAAAAUGCUAAGGAUGCUGGGGAAAUGGUUCGAUCCUUUGUUGGUGGCUUGGAACUGAUAGUCAAUUUGCUAAAAUCAAAGAAUAAAGAAGUUUUAGCAAGUGUAUGUGCAGCAAUUACAAAUAUAGCUAAAGAUGAAGAAAAUUUAGCUGUUAUAACAGAUCAUGGAGUUGUCCCUCUGUUGUCCAAACUAGCAAACACAAAGAAUGACAAAUUAAGACGUCACUUAGCAGAGGCCAUUUCCCACUGUUGCCUGUGGGGGAGCAAUAGAGUAACCUUUGGAGAGACCAAGGCUGUAGCUCCUUUAGUACGUUACUUGAAGUCAAAUGAUCCAUCAGUUCAUAGAGCUACAGCUCAGGCUUUAUAUCAGCUUUCAGAGGAUCCCAACAACUGUAUCACUAUGCAUGAAAAUGGAGUGGUGAAGCUCCUACUGGCUAUGGUGGGCUCUACAGAUGAAACUCUGCAGGAGGCAGCAGCUGGUUGCAUAGCAAACAUCCGCAGAUUGGCUCUAGCAACAGAAAAGGCAAAGUAUGGCUGA